CUCUGAUAAAACACCAUGAGCGAGGCACUUCUAGAAGGGAGGCGGGGCUUAUCAUCCCAGAGGAAUAAGAGCACACACGUCACAGCAGGGGAUUGUGGCAGCAGGUGGCAGGCACGUGGCAGGGACAGCUGGGAACUCCCACCAUCAACUAUAAGUAGCAGCAAACUGAGUGAGUGAACUGGGAAUGGCAUGUGGCUUUGAAGCUUCAAAGACGGCCCACCUUGAUUCACUUCCUGUAGCAAAGGCCCAAUUCUUAAACCUGUCUACACAGUAUCACCAGCCGGGGACCAAGUAUUCAAACAUCCAGGCCUGUGGGGAACACUCUUAUUCACACCGCCAUAGCUGCCGAGUUUACUGUGGGAUCUAGAAUAAUUGUGUGAUUUCUGGGGUUCAGUCAGCAGAGUACAUCUUGAAUUGUUUACACUUUGGGGUUGCUUGCUUUGAAGUCUAAAGGAGAUGAUAUAUGUGAAAAUACUUCCGAGGGAGGUGUUAGGCAGAUACAGUGUAACACUGUGGGCUUCUGAGAUACCCUGCAGCUCACUUCUCUCUCACAGAUUUUACCUUAAUUACGUAGUCUUCCGAGCAUCCCACAAAUAGCUCUAAGAAACAGCUGCUCCAGGCAGGUCACUGCAGCCCAGGGCUAGACGGAGUCUUCCUGUCUUGCUUUGUGACGCUCACCUUUACCUGCUUUAUCUGCUUCCUGAGAGACAAGACUCUAAAGCCUGUCAUGUCUGAGUUAACUAAUGUAUCCUCCUGGAUGUACAGGUUGGUGAUGUAGGUUUUUAAAUACUUGUUUUUUGAGACCUCUAGGGUGGUUCUGUAAGAUAUUUGUAUUUUUUUCCGUUUUAAGUUUACUGCCACUCUGGUUCUGUUUUAUUUUACACGCACAUGCGCGCGCGCGCGCGCGCGCGCGCACUCACACACACACACACACACAUAUGAACACACAAAGGUAAAGCCUUUGACGCAGGCAGCAUCAGCAUGACGGAGGAACAGGAAGUUGGCCAGUUUGGCUGGACUUGAUCUGGAGAUGGUUUAGGGUGGGAGUGAUGGGCACCAGAUCGUAUAGGCCACGGUGAAGAGUUUGGGUUUUCCUUUGUCUGGGUGAUUGGAUUGUACUGGAGAAGCUUAAGUAAAGUAGUCGAUGUGACCCUCUACUAUAAAAUCAUUCUUCAGGCUCCUGAAUGGAUACUAGAAAUGAGGGCAAUAGGACCUUGGGGUAACUUUCGAGAGACCUUGUCAGUUGCCAGGUGAUGGGUAGAGGUGCGGCCUGGACCACAGAGUGAUGGUAAGUGGUAAGGUUCAGUUAUGCCUGGAAGAGAGAGUCUGAAGGUCAUUGUGGGAUGGGAAAACAGAGUCUGCAGGUCAGCGUGGGGAAGAGUCAAAGCUAAGCUAGGAUUUUUGGCCGGGUAAAUGACACCAUCAUAUAUUGAGGUGGGGAACAAAGAGGGACCCUAAAAAUUUGAUUUCAAGGCUGGAGGUGUAGCUCUGUUGAUAGAGUACUUAUCCGAGGGGCCCAGAAAUCUUAGUUUGAUUCCUCAGCACCAUAUAAACUUAAUACUAGGGCUCAGCAUGUGGAGACACAAGGGCCCUAAGUUCAAGGUUAACCUCGGCUGUGUAGUGGGCUUGAGGCCAGUCUGGAUAGUAUGACUCUCAGAAAGAAGUUUCACUUGAGCCGUAUUAAUUUUGAGAUGCCCACUCACCAUUAUCACAGAGAAAUGAUAGCGCCUGAGGCUGGAAAGGUGUCUGUGAGGUUUAUCAGCCCUGAUGAGGUCUGGAGACUGGAUGGGGUCCUGUGUAGGAUUUUGACAGAGAAAAGAAAGAGGCACAGGGUGUUUGUUUUUCUGGAUAAAAUCUAGGAAGUAAACUAAGGUCUGGUGAGAUGGCUCAGAGAGUAAAGGCACUGACUGCCAAGCGUGAGAAAGGAGACCAAUUCUCAGGACCCACGUGGUGGAAGGAGAGAGCCAACUCCCUUAAAUUCUCCUCUGCCUACUUCUGCUGUGACAUGUGCACAUGCACGUUAUACAUGUGCACACAUUCGCUACAUACAUGUGAUGAGGAAUUUUGUGAAGAAGCAAACUAAGGACAUAUGCAAGAGAAUAUGGUUUGAUUCCUCUUGGCUAUGCACUGUACAAAUGAGAUAAAGAUAUGAAAAUGGUAACAAAGCCCCCUCUUGUAUACAAAGUUUAAACAUUGUGGUGUCGCCAGAUCAAGAAAAUUCAUUCUAGUUUUGCACAAUUAAAAAUCUGUUUGCUGAGAGAAUUUAUAAGCUGCAUUUGUGCAGUUGUCACAUGACUGCUUUUGGCUGGCAAGCUGAAAGACCAGCAUCCCUUGCCAAUAACCUGUAAACUGCAUUGUUUUUCCUAUGGGCGGAGUCUUGACAAGCUCAUUUCUGGCUGACUUGAAUUUACUGCUUAUCCCUGUUGAGGUUUGGUCUUGCUGUGUAUUGUAAUAUUAAGUGUGGGCCCCCAAGACCUGGAGUCCACAUGUAGACCAAGGGACGCUAAAUGACCCUGUCCCCUAGUUAUUUCUGAUUGGUAAAUAAAGAUGCCAAUAGGCAGUAGCUGGGCAGGAGAGACACAGGUGGGGUUUAGGAUUCCUGGGUGUGGGGUUGGAGGGAAAUGAUGGAGAGGGUAGAGGAUGAAGUGAGAAUGUGGGUGAGGGCUGGCCAAUUGGAAAACAGAGUGAGUAAUAACUCGGGGUUAUUGAUAAAAAAAUAAAUUUUAAUAGCAUCCAGGGUAGACACCCGCCCACUUCUAAUGCUGUGUAAAAUUUAUUGUAAAUAUAAAGGUUGUGCGUGCGCCUUUUAUCUGGGAACUAAAUGGUCAAAGGUAGGAUAAAAACUCUAGAUUGGGAUUAAAAAUUUCUGCAACGCAUAACCCUUCAGAUUUUCUUUUCAUUCCAUGAUUAUGUUAUCCAGUGGUAAUAAACUGAAGGCCCACUCUGGCUUAUUUCCACAGAAAGAUAUGAUAAAAUUCUAUGAAAAGGGUCUGGAGAGGUGGCUCAAAUCCAGUGCCAGGGGAACUGGCACCUCUGACCUCCUAAUGCACCCACACACGUGCACACAUCCACACACAUACAUACAUACCUGUACGCAUGAUCAAAAAUUAAUAUCCGGGGUUGGGGAUUUAGCUCAGUGGUAGAGUGCUUGCCUAGGAAGUGCAAGGCCCUGGGUUCGGUUCCCAGCUCCAAAAAAAAAAAUAUCCAACGAAGGGUAAUGGGCAGCAGAGGACCACAGUAACAGUUAGAGCAUAAAGAGCAGAAUAAAUAUAACUGCAAAACAUGCGUGUGGGGUUUGUCAUCCCCAAAUGCCAAGGGCUCAUGGGAGAGAACCAGUCUUGAAUCUCAUACAUUUUCAUCUUACUUCUGUGAUUCUGGCGCGAAGUGCAGGUGCUCUGUGCUGGUUUCAUUCACUGUUUCCUUCCUGUGAUUCACCCACUGAGCUUCCUCAGGAUCUCACUGGUCUCCUUAGUUUACCCAUUUCAGGCUUCCUGAAUGUUUCUUUUCCUUUUCUCCAGCUUCCGAGGACCUUCCCUGUCCCUCUCCUAACACCUGUUUUAAAGCCUGUCUGCCGUCAGGAUAGCCCUACCCUUAACCCCAAGGCUCCUGAAGGUCUCCAGGGGUGUCUUCCCCGUGUCUACCUGACCUACUCAGCCCUGUGUGGAAAAGAUGCCUUAAUAGAAAGACUUUGAAUACAGGGUGAUAGCAGCAUUCCAAAGUGAUUUAAUCCCAGGCACCUGACUUGUUUGAGCAUGUGCUUGAAGAUGCCAGGCUUUUAGGGAGAAUAUUUAGAAUGAGCUUCUGGUACACCUAGGAUGUAUGUGUGAGGGCUUGUGACAUGCUGCCUUUGACAGUGGUUAGGGUCACCACAGGCUUCAGUGUCUUUUAUAGUAUCAGCCUUGCCUUUCAUGUCUUCUGAUCUCACAGAGUAGAACCGUAAUGAGAACAAAACCCAUAUAACAUAACUAUCAGUUGUUGGGGAGGACAUCUGCUUGGUUCGGUUCUUCAGUGAGUGAUCCCAGGAAUGAAAACAAAUGGGACAUCCUCAUGGCCCCGGAAAUAAAGAGUGGUAGAGCAUGUAAGACAGGAGAGUCUGGGCAGUAAGGUGGCUUAACUGGUGAAAGAAGCACUUGCAGUGUAAGCCUGACAGCCUGAGCCUGGUCGCUGGAGUCCCUGACCACUCAGAGAUGGAAGGAGAGAACCAGCUCCACAGUUUUCCUCAGAUCUCCCCACAUAUGUUCCCACGCGUAUAUCAUUUGUACAUGCAAAAGAAUAAUCUGAAGAAUGUAUUGUAAUGGAUAUCUUCCUCAAGCUUUUUUGUUUGUUUGUUUGCUUUACUUUGCUUUUUUGGGGGAAAAUCAAAAGAUAGACUCAGAGCUUCAGACUUCCAGACCAUUUCAAGUUGAACCUUUUGGUGGGAAGGGGGCAGCGAUGUGGGGAGGGGGUUAACCUUUCUCUCAGUGUUCUCCUUGGUACUCAUGUUUUUCGCAUGACUUACUGUGUUGUUACACAGGACCACGGUAGCAUUCCUUUUCAUUAAGUUCUCUUGUCUCUUGGCCUGUAUCCGUUCUUGCUCAGUUUAUCUUGAUUGAAGUCGUUAUCUGUUCACAGUGCCUGUUGUCUGUCAUUAUUGACAACUUGGUCUAUUAUUGGUGACUUAAGUUUCGAAGGUUUGCAUGCAUGGGGUAUGACAUUCAGGCCUGUUUCUUCCCUUCUUCUGCUCUUAAUUUCUGAAGAUAUAUUAAAGUAUUUUUAAUGAACACCUUAUUUAGCUGUUUUAGGCAACUCAGGAUUUUAGUUAUGGCUUUGUUACCAUAAUCUGGCUCUCAGAUAAGGCUAUUUCAAGUUAAUUUCACCACACCCUUUAGAGAGAAAUCUUAAUUUUUUUCAUAGAUUCACUUAUUUUGUAUACAUGAGUAGUUUCCCUGCGUGUAUGUCUGUGUACUGUGUGUGUGCCUGGUGCCUAUUGGAGGUCAGAAGAGGCAUAGGAUCCCCUGGAAAUGGAGUUACAGAUGUUGUAAGAUACCAUGCGGGUGCUGGGAACUGAAUCUAGGUCCUCUGAGAAAGCAUCAAGUGGAAUUGUUACUGCUGUAGAACACACUUUAAGGUCUGGAAUCCGUUGCGUUUGCUGGUUUCCAAUCUCAGAGUUCAGAAAGAUUAAAAUACAAUCCAAACUCUUUAUUGUCUUAAAAAUCUGUCAGGACUGGAGAGAUGGCUCAGAAUGGUUAGAAGCACUCGCUGUAGGACCACCAGAACCCAAGCUGGCAUCCCAGAACCCCUGGAACAAGCUGGUGUGGUCGCACUUGUACGUGCAACUACACUGUUGGGGUCAGAGACAGGAGUAGCACUGGGGCUCGAUGGCUCUAGAUUAGUUGAGAGCACCCACAUUUCAGACUCAGGAGGGAUCCCAUUUCAAAAGAAUUAGAUGGAAGGAAUAGCCUCCGUGUUCCCAUGUAUCUGCAUAUACAUGUACAGAUGACACUGUCUCCUCCCCUCUCCUCCCCUCCCCUCCCCUCCUCUCCUCUCCUUUCCUCUUCUCUCCCCCUCCCUCCUUUCUAUCUCCUAUUUUCCUAUCAGUGGAAGCUUCUUCAGACUCAGUGAGAGCCCAUCUCUCAAAAGGUGGAGUGAUGAGUGUCCUUUGGCUUUCAUGUACCUUUAUGUGCACACAUCUGUACAUGGGUGUGCAUAACAUUCUCUCUCUCUUUGUCUCUCUCUGUCUGUCUCUCCCUCCAUCAUAGGAAAAUAGUAACAGUUUAGUUUGCGUAAGUUGAUGGGAAGACAUAGAGACGUGUCUGUUGGGUGGCCUCUGCAGCCUCAUUGUCUUAGUACUUCUUAGGCUGCAGCUUUACUCUGUUACUAGUGAUUUGUACACCUAUUGUCUGGCCAAAACUCAGUUUGUGCAGCAUUAACAUUCUUAGAUAUUGAUGUUUUCCCAAGAGAUUUACACAUUUUGUUUUAAAUGUUUUAAACGAGCAGGAAAUGAUAUCACAUGCUGGCCAUGUGUAGAAACGAGAUAUUUUCUCCCCUUCCACCUAAUGACUACUAUAAGUACAGAUAAAAUAUUUCUUGACUUUUCUUUUUCUUUCCUGUUUUGGGGACAAAAACAUUAGGUUGAACUUAGGGUUUCCCCUAGAGCAAGGAGAUUGGCAUUAUAGCCAGUGAUUUACUGCCCGUCAUCUGACAGAAUCAUCCCAGUUGUCCCAGGGACGGAGUUAGACCGAGCACCUUCUGAUGCUGACAGGACAGUAAUGCUUUCAUCUUUCGGUCCCCUUGUCAACAGAGGUGACUCUUUCGGUGUUUCCCUCAAGCACAGUGUCUCUGCUCAGCUCACCAUGCCUUGGUUAAAUAAGUUGUUUCUGCUGAGGCGUGAUUAAAAAAAUAAUAAUAAAUGAACCUUUCUGCUUGCUGAAUUAAUCUCAUUCAACUUCCACAUUUGCGAUUGGUUAGGUGCUGGUUCUUAGACCUUUUGGGGAAGGGGUCAGGAACCCCUUUGAGGUGUGAAUGUCCAUAUAUGAUCUGCAUGUAGAACCUUUGUACGUUUCCAGGAGGUGACACUCCCCAUUCAGUUAUGCUUAGUCACACGCAGUUCUAAAUGUGGCCACUUCUGGAUGGCUCUGAGUGGCAGGCACCCACUCUUAAGAUUGCUUUUCUGAUUAGAUAGAGCUAUGCUGAAAGCAGCCCCAUUUCGGAGCAAUUUGUAGCUUCCAGAACUGUCCCAAUAUGGACCCAGAGCCGGAAACACUCUUAUGUAAGUCGAUGUUGCAGAGACACCUGCACUGGCCCUGUUUUCUCACAGCCAAGUUUGUCUCCCUCCUCUCCCCGGGCCUUAUUUAUUCCCUCUUCAGACCUCCUCUGGCCAAGAGAAAAGCUCUUUUUUAUGCAUAUAUUUUACAAUACAUGUGAGACCAUCCAACAAAAGCCAUGGCCAGACACCGCACUGUUCCCUGAGGUGGCCAUCUUUAGAGGAUGUUGCCCUUCAUGGCAAUUGUAAGCUAGAUGUCCACAAAUGACAGCAUUUUAAACAUUUUGGAAAUGGAGACCAGACCUCAAUACUCAGAAAUGUUCACAUAAUUUGGUCUUAAAUUGCUUUGGGAAAACAAGAACAUCUAUUAGUACUGGGUGUAAUUCUUGCAUGGGCAUCAACGUUUGAUGCUGUCCUUGGAUCUCCUUAGGGUGACUUGUUCUGAUCUCCCCGGCUUGGCCUUUGUAACCCCCGAGUUAAUGUUUUGUCUCAAAUCCUCUCCUGAAAAAUCAAGGGAUCUUUAGGGUCAACAGAACAUUUUGUUUUCCCAGCUUUUGAAAUUGGGAAACUUGGUUUAAAACAAUAGGGGCAGAAUAGUUGGAGAAGUUCAGCAAAUUAUGUGCUUUAUUUUUUUUUUCUUCAAAGGGAAGAAAAAAAAGUGCUGUAAUAAUUUUUUAAUGUUCUUUACAAAUAUAAAGCCAUUAUAUUAGCUUUGAGACAUUCUGAACUCUGUGUAAUUUGAUUUGCUCAUCUAGUUGCCCUGUCAGAAGCAUCUGUACAAAUCUUCUAAUUAUAUUGCUUGCUCUUAAGGAUCCUUAGCUUUCUCUACUUUAGAAUAAACUGCUGAACUUGAAAAGGCUGACCAGGUCUAAAGGCUUCACCCCUUUUGAUGAUGUACGGACAGACGUAAAAAUGGACAAUAGACUCGGCCAUCUUUUUAAAAAUGUAGUUUUAUUUCUAUUUGAAACGUCCUUGUGUUCACAGGAUAAAGAGUAACAUGGGAUAAUCAGGGUCCAUGUGAUUGGCUUCUCUGUUCGUUCGGGUAUUGCAUUGGGAACAUUCGUCAUCUCCACGAGGUGCACUGAAACAUUCAGUUAAUUGUUGUCAACUACAGUUAUUCUACUCUUAAAGAACAUUAGAGCUUACCCUUUUUAUCCAGCUGUACUUAGUACCUGUUGCCGCUACGAGCAUUUUAAUGUCCUUGUCUGUCUAUCUGCCUGUCGUCUCUUGCAAUGCCAGGAAUUAAAUCCAGGGCCUCGUGUAUGCAUGCUAUGUAAACAUCAUAACACUGAGCUAAGUCCCAGCCCCUGCCAGCAUUUUAACAAGACACAGGGUUGUCUGGUAUUUGGCAGCCUUUCACUUUGCACUGUGUCCAGUACAUAGUAGAAAAGGAAGUUCACAAACUAGAUAGCAGACCUUGCCCAAAACUCAAAUGACCACGUAGAACGUCCAGAUCAUUCACACUUUAUGAGUUGCCCUGCUCAAGACUUUUUGUUACUUCUAUGACUUCUCCCUCCCUAGUGGUCUUUAGAAACCUCUGGACAUGAAAUAGUAGCCAGGAUACAAUAAAUCUCAGCCCUUUCUGUAUUUAGCUCUUGUACUGGGCAGGGCAUAGAGAGACCUUACCUUGGUCUCAUGUGAGGCCUUGACUUCCUGCUUCCCUGGGACCACCAGCCCUGCCUAAUACGUCCUCUACUUCUGAUAGAAAAACGAGACUUUGUGUAGUUCAAAAUUCCUUUUGUUUACAUGGGGUAUCCAUUUAGGAGUGGAUGUAAGUUAUGGGAAACCAGAAGCUCUAGCUGUCAGAGUCUCUGCAGAGUCAUGGUGCAAGACCCCUAAUUCCUCAUUUAUUUUGCAUGGCGACCUGUGGUACUCCUAAUAAAGAACCAAGUAGUGAAUUCCUGUGCGUCGACUCAUGAUGUAGCCUUUUAAUAGCACCUCUGGGAGGAAGUUCUGUAGCAGAUGGUGUAGGAGCGAGCUAGGCAGAAGGGCUUUUAGCUCUCUUGCAUUAUGGAUAGAUGUACAAUGCUACAUUCGCACCUGCAUGACUCUCACAACACUUAGACCACCUAGUUCUUAAAUGUAGGAACAUACUUUAUUUAUUUAUUUUUGUGACAGGUUCAAAGUCAGUUGUAUACUCUGUCUUGGCUAAUAAUACAAAAGUGGUGUUCUCACACUUAUACCAAUAGCACAGCAAAUACCUAACUCCUAACCCCUGGCCUGGACUUUCAAAAGUUCCCAAGUCUCCAUUGUCUUCCUGAACCACCACUGCACCUGCUAGCAUGGUGGUUUCCUCUCAGGCUCUCAGAGGGCUGCUUUCAGCUCCUAAGCAGCUCAUGGUUCCUAACCCACGUCAGCUGUUCCAAAUAGUUUCCAUCUUUCUCAAAGCCACAACCACAUCCCACCUACUACUUUUUCCACACUCGGAAGACAGUCUCUGCUCGCCUGUUCUAAAGAAUGGCUGUCCAGCAAUAAUCCCACAGCAAUACUCUUCCUCUGCCUACCAUGCCCAUGUUUCUUCCUUAAUGGUCGAGACAGAGUCACAGGUGACCCUAUUUAUAAGUACUGAAAAGAGUCGAUGUGGUUAUUCAAAAAAUAAAAACAAACCAACCAAACAAAAGCAGAAAUUUAAGCCAACAAGUGCUGUUUCCCCACGCAUUGAGGUAAGCUCUGAGACUAGCAGACUAGUGUGCGCACAUUUGUGUCAUGCAAAUGCUUCUUGUUGAUCUGUAAAUAUUGUUUCAAUAAACUAAUAAAUAAAUCAACACCUUUAAUGUCAAGAGAACAUCAUAGAGUUCAAACACUCACAGCACCAUUGGGCACACAACAAUGUGGCCUAGAAGAAUGCUUUCUAAAACACAAUGCCAAGGCCGUUGCAGGUCUUGAUUUAUGCCCCCUUGCUUGCGCCAUUUAAUUAACCCAAACAGUAUUGAGUCAUUUUAGUGUCAUUUACUUUGCAAAUGAUUUUCUCAAAUUCACAAAAUAUAUUUAGUAUAAAUCAUACACACUAUAUGAUAGAUUUGAUGCAUUUUGCAUGCAAUAUACUAUGAGUGUUUUGUGAUACAGAAUGUACAUGUUGAGGUCAGACAAACCCAGUGUCUACCUUGGUUUUUGAAACAGCUUCUCAUUCUAGAACUUGUCAAGUAGACGAGUCUGGCUAGCCAUUAAGACUCAGUGAUGUACCAGUCUUUACUUUUCUGAGGGUCACAAGCUCAUACCAUCAUGGCCAACAUUUUUUUACAUGGGUUUUGGGGGUAGAACUUGCAUUCUUUUUUUAUGUAUUUUGAUCAUGUUUUCUCUCUCCCCCCAGUUCCUUCCUACUUCCCCACCUACCCGACUUGACAUUAUUUUUCUCUUUCAAGACAAAAAAAAAAAAAGAAAGAAAACCAAACACCAAGACAUACUCUCUCUCUCUCUCUCUCUCUCUCUCUCUCUCUCUCUCUCUCUCUCCACAAAACUGAAAGUCAAAACAUGCAAAAGUCUAACAAAGCAAAAGAUGGGAAAGCAAAGCAAAAUGGAAUAAAAUAUCCACAAUAAUACUACUGAGUUCAUUUUGGGGGCCUGCCCUGAAGUGUGGUUGAUAUACGCAGUGAGGCUCCACUGGAGAAAACUGGUUUUCCCUUUGCCAGUGGGUAGCGAUUUUAGAUAGCUUCUUGGUUGAGGGUGGGACACUGCCUGUAUUUCCUCCUCUCAGUACAGCAUCCCACCUGGCUCGAACCUCUGCAGUCCCUGUGCAUACAACAUGCUGCCAUCUAGUCUCAGUGUUUUGGCCCUCUGACAGUGCUGGGUUUGGGUUCCAUUUCAUGGAGUGAGCCUUAGGUCCAAUAAAAAAAAAAAAAAACAAAAAACAAACAAAAAAACAAAAAAAAAAAACAAGCAGUUGGUUACUUCCAUAAUAUCUCUGCCACUGUCCCCUGUCACUGUUACAGGUCGCAGGGUUCAUUAUUGGGUGAUAUUGGUAAUUACCUUUCUCCUCCAAUAUCAUGCAGAGUAAGUAACAUGAGUGUUAGUCGAUAGGAGCGAAGUUUCUCGUGAGGCAACAGAUCAAUUUUUCUAUAGAAGUCAUGUUCUGAUGCUUAUGAGGCAAACACUUUACUCUCUGAACUAUCACCCAAGCCAUACCAUGUGUUUAUAUAGGUGUAUGUGUGCAUGUCCCAGCAUGGCACAUAAGGUCUCCUCUCAGGCAUGCCAUGUUGGCCAUUAUUGAGUUCGCAUGGACAUGCUGUUUCUUUAUACCUUUCUUUAGUCUCACACUCACCCAGAUGAGCCAUUCUGGAUCCCCUUUCUCCCUUCCUUUGGGUUACUUAACUCUUACCUCAAGUCUUGGCUUAGGCUUCAAUUCAGGGAAGUCGUUGACCCUUACUUCUUGCUCUGUUCUUUGCUACAACCCUUCACCCUUUGUACACUUUGUCCAGACCUGCUCUGAUGUUUUAUAUUUGUGGGUUGGCAGUUUUCUUGAGCAUAAGACUGUUCUUGUACCUAGCAGAGCAUAGCACAUGCUGUUUGGUAUGUGCUCCCUGGGUGGAUGUGGAUUCCACUACAGUAUUGGUAGUAAACUGAAUAUUAGAGCUACAAGGAAACUAUGAUAUUAGCAAAUUAACUCAUUUGCUCUAUUAAUUCUGUGCAUUUGUGUGCAUCUAUUGUGAGAAUGUGCACAUGAGCCCAAGUCUCUCUGGAGGGCAGAAGAAAGUUGGAUUCCUUGGAGCUGGAUGUGGCUGGUGGGAAUGAAAAUUGGGUUCAAGCUCUUAAGCACUGAACCACUUUCCAGCCCCAUAGCUCACUCAUUAUAUAGUUUGCAGAGACCAACAUCUCACAGCUUGUUCCAGACAAACCAAGGACUCAGAUUCCCUCACUGCUGUUCCCAGUGCAAUGUGCCAUGAUGGUUUGCAAAUGUGUUUGUGUGUGAAGUUGGGGGCUUUCUGUCUCUGCUUAGUGCCUGCCUACAGCAACCGCUGGGAGUGUUGUGGCAUCCGAUUUCUUUCCUGGGGAGGGAAACAGUGUCCUGACAAUGCUAAGAGCUUUUCCUCUGCAUGGUGCCAGGUUUACAACGGCCCUUACCUCACUGCUUCCCCUUCCCUUUCCCGGUUUGUCCUGGUUUAUCUUUGGGCGGGCUGAGUCUCAGCAACGGUUGCUAAGUAAAUAGAGGAGCUACACAUUCGGGGCUGUGGUGUCAGAUAGUCAGUGUCUUUGCCUUCACCUGUCCUGGCUGUUCUCACUCUUAGCAUGUGUUGAAGAACGCACAGUGGAUGUUUCAUCUGACAGCCCAUAGGAUAAGGGAAGCCUUAAGGGGGAAGCAGCAGGACGCUUUUGUGUCAGUGAAAAAGUGAGUUUGUGUUUCCAGACCCACCCUUGGAAAUGGCAUCAGAGGUAGUGUGUCUAGAAAUGCCUGCUUGGAUAUUUAUCUGCUCAGAGUUUAUUAUAAAGAACCUUCUGGAGAAAGAGACUUUACCAUGUCUCUCUAGGGUUAAAUCUUCAGGCUGAGGCUGAGGCACCGCUCCUUCCAUUACUGCCUGGCCAUGGAUGAUGCAGUUUUGCGUGGUUGAUUCCUAAACGCCAUGGCUCAUUUGAGCUCCCCAUUAGCACUGAUCACAAGUUCUGAGGGUCAGUACAGAGGUGACCGUUGGCAGUGUCAUGACUGGUUUGAACCUUUGGGCUCCUUUGGUAACUAACCAAAUAGUAGAAGGCUAAAACUGCCUUUGUUGUUGUUGUUGUUGAAAAGUCUCUGGAGACCAGAGGCUUUAAAAAGCCCUUUUGCUUCUCUUGCUUUUUGUUUUGUUUGUUGAGAUACACUGUAGCUCAGGCUGGCAUGGGACUUAGUCCUCCUGCUUCAAUUACCUAAGAGCUGGGAAUGUAGACUUGAGCCACAGUGUCUGGCCGCCUUUCCCUUCUUUUGGAGCUCUGCAACAUUGUUUCCCUAGGCAUUUCUGUAUGUGUUUCCUUUUUGUUUAUUUUUUUUUUUAAAGCAAGAACUGCACUAUUUACAGUGACCUUUAAGCUCACAGGAUUUAGAAAUCCCGUGUCUUGGAAGAAAUCCAGGGCCUUGGGUCUUAGGGUUUCUGAAGUCACUUUGGACCUUGUUGGCUUCCAGCCACAUGGGAGUGUCUGAUCCUCCCUGGGUUGGUCUCAAGUUCCAGGCAUUGAGCUAGAAGUGCAUCAGCCAACGAUUUGACCUGUGUCCAGAAGGAUUUUUGACUUGCUAUAUUCUCUGCUUGGCAUCAGCUUAUUUCCUCCAGGGACGUCCCCUUCCUUGGAAAAAGUAAGUCCAAAGAUGCCUGUCUGACUGAUGAGCUAAGGAUGAAGUUCAGCUGGGCCUUUCCAUUCAGGGAUCAUACUUUGUCAGUCAUAGGUCCCUGGCUGAGCAAUGUGUCACCAACCUUCAUGUAUGUGGGUACAUUGUCACUGUCUUCAGACACCAGAAGAUGGCAUCGGAUCCCAUGACAGAUGGUUGUGAGCCACCAUGUGGUUGCUGGGAAUUGAACUCAGGACCUCUGGAAGAGCAGUCAGUGCUCUUAACCACUGAGCCAUCUCCAGCCCCCUAAUGUGUCACCAACCUUAAAGAGACGUUCCCUCUCCUGCCCACUGGAGCUCCCUACAUAGGCUAGUUCCAAGAAUGACAAUCUGAAAUCUUGAGACAAAUCAGUCAGCAUUGGUUCUAAGAGUCUGCAACUCAUGGGAAGUUCCUAGACUGUGACCUGAGGAGCUGCUGUAGGUGGCAGCUGUACGUGGGCCUCCAGUCUUCCUUCAGCCAUUGUGUUAACUUUUCUCAUGCGGUAAUAGGGAGCUGUGAUUAUAGAUAGGACAGGUAGAGGGGGUUGUGGUGGAGUGCAAGAAUAUCCUUAGAACUGUGUGCUGAAGUGACCCCUGAGGGUCUUGAAAGGGUCUCAGUGUAUCUAAGAUAUUACCAUUCCUUCCAGUAAGCCAGCAGACCACGAAAAUGCUCCUGCCUUCAAGGCCCAUCUGCUAUGUGUAGACUUUUGUUCCUUUAUCUUUAGUUCUACUGUACUAGGUGUAACUCAUUUAAAAUCUGCAGACUGUUUAGAACCCAAUAGUAACAGGAUCGAGCGGGGUAGUGAUCCCUUCCUUAUUGGUCACCUCUCGAUAUGUUAUUUAUCAAAAUGUCCAGGACAGUGCUAGAUUCAGAUACCUGCUGCAGAAUGGUGACGUUUAGAGGAGGGUGGCUUAAUCUGUGUGUGAGUCUGCUAGAUUGCUGACGUCAUGCUGACAUGGUAAUUCUUUCCUCAUGUUCACAGGGAAAUAGGGAGCUGUGUUAAAGAUGAGAUGCACUGAUGUCACACGCAUCUGAACUACCGGUCUGAUAAAUCUAAUCUUAAAAGGCAGCUGAUUAGCUCCGUACUUGUUCAUUGUGGACACAUGUCCCUUCGUGGCAGUCAGUAUUUGCUUUUCUUAGAUACUGAUUCAUUUAAUUGUCCUGGUUUGGACUAUUCUGGAUGCUGAUGUGAGACUUCUUGGUAUGCUUCUAGAACCUUCUUUCAAUGCCAUUCUCCAUCCUGGAGAUAUUUGAAGGAUCUCAGUGAUUCAUCAGUGGCAGUCAUGUCACUUUUUACUGCCAAGGAUCUGAUGGACUAGAAACCUGCCAUUCCUGAGGCCGCUGAGGCGUCUUGUCUCACACCUGUCUUCUGCCUCAGUUGUUCUCAAUGGGGUUUUUCUUCCUCGUAGUUGGAUGCAACAGGAAUCACAUGGCAGGUUUUCCCUGUCAUAUUACAGUGGCCACUUCAGCCUUCUUACCUCUUUGCCUCCCUUUUUGACAAGACAUCAACAUUAAAACUGUAGCUGGGGCUAGGGAGAUAGCUCAGGCAGUAUGAGAGCCCGAGUUCUCUUGUGAGUUCCACCUCUGUAACCCACAUCAAAUCAGGGAGAGUGGCUCAUCCUAGCCAUCCUAGUGCUGGGGAAUCAGAGAUAGCCGUGAUGGCUGACCAGCCAGCCUCAUCUACCUGUUGAGUACCAAGCAAGUGAGAGACCCUGCCUUUAAUAAAACCAAAACAAAGUAAGCCGGUGCCUGAGGAUUGACACCCAAAGCUGUCCUCUAGGGCCCACGCAGUCUCUCACUCCUGAAGAUUAUUCAUACCUCACUGUUUUAACUCAGCCAAGGUCUUAUCUUUUUCGUAAGUGCUUUGUUCAGCUUCCACCCUGCUCCCUUUAUUGUGGCCCAGACACAAAUAGAACAUUCCAGUGCUAGGAGUGCUUCAUAGCCUUUUAAAGGGCUUUCCAGAGUUCUGCAGCUCUCAGCCUCCCAACCCUCUCUGAACCAAAGGGUUUUUCUCUGAGCUCAGAUAAACUUGGAUUUCCCUACUUCCCUUCCAAGAACUUGCCAUCUUACGUUCCUCUUCCCUCCAGUGUUGUGGCUGGCUUUCUGGACGGCCUGGCAUAGCCUGGUAAUGGCUUCCUACAGGAUUCAACCCUGCUGACCACCCAGAACUUUCCAUCAUACCCUUUCUUAAUCCCCAGAUGAUUUGUCCCUCAGGACUCCCACCCAGGACUGGGCUGGGCUGGUUUGGGCUAGUCUACUGACAGCUCCACUGUGGCCGAAUGUUCCUGAAGCAUGUGGGCCUCUCCCUGGGCUGGGGCGCUCCCCCUACCAGGUCAGAAGUCAAAGGAAAGAAGAAGCUAGGGAUGGGCUGGUAGAGACAGCUCAGAAGCUUGAGUAUGAAGCGGAGUGUAUGGGGAAGGGAGGAGAGGGAGGCCGGAAAAUCAGUAGUGACCCUGAAGACCCUCAGCCCUGCAAUCCAGGCACUGGUCCACUGUUCUGCAGCUUGGAACCCAUUUUAUUUUGGAAUGACUAAGUCCAAGGAGAAACCCCGGAGCUGGCCUAGUAGAGAAAAGAAGUUUGUCUCUGUUGCUACAGAUCUGGAAUCAUUAAGACUCCAGCUCUAUUGAAAUUGAUCUCUUUACUGUCUUUGGAAAAGGAUUUAAAGAGGCAAAUCACAGUGAGGGAUGUUUGAUUUAAGGAAAGCUUUUUAAAGAACCCAGGGUAGGGGUGUACAUUUGCAUACAAACAAUGGGAGUGCUAAUUAAGAUGAUUCUCACAUAGCCAUUUCAGUGGAGCAGAGACUGCUGCCUGGCAACCCUUACACAGUGGAAGUGAGUGCUUUGAAAGCCAUCUUGUUCCAUCAUUCUAAUCAACUAAGACAUAUUGUGAGCCUUUUAUCUGCAAGGCGCUGAGCAAGGACCACUCUGUGUGUGUGUGUGUGUGUGUGUGUGUGUGUGUGCGCACGCCCCCUCUCUCUCUCUCUCUCUCUCUCUCUCUCUCUCUCUCUCUCUCUCUCUCUCACACACACACACACACACACACACACACGCGUGUGUGUGUGUGUCUAGGGUAUCAAACCUAAUACUCGCCUUCCAGGGUGGCAUGUGGCACUACAGGGAAGUCCAAGUGGAACCUGUGAGUUGAAAGGUUGGUAGGAAUGAGUAAGAGAAACAUCCCACCUGCUGAGAUAGGACAUACCUGCUUACAGUGCUUUAGAAAUUGCUAGCAUUUUGCCAUGCACACCCCCACCCUCCACCCCCACAUACACAAACCGACUUGUCUAAUUCCCCUGGGAGCCAUAGCCCAGCAUUUAAAGUAUUUCUGUCAUCAUCAUCUUUGCUGGUAUUGGUUAGCACUGGGCACCUGCUGUUUGCGGCUGGUUUGGACUCUGCCCCGGGGAGUGUGGGAAGGGUUGAUCUGGUCUAGAAGUGAAGUGAAAAAUCUUCCAGCUCCCAGAGGAAGCUGUGCCUCCUUUAUCUUUAACAAAGAAAAGGGACUUUGAGAACAUCAGGUCUGGAGCUCCGUGGACGCAGAUUAUCUGUGGACUAAAGUUUGUUCACUGGUUGGGAGACCAUGUUUGCAGUCAUGGGGGUUGGGUUAUGCAUCCUGGCCACUUGCCAGCUUUGUGAUCUUGGUUUGUGACUUACCUCCGAGCCUCAUUGUCCUCGUUUGUGAAAUUGGGAUUGAUGUAAGGGUAAUCAUAAUACAGUGGCGAUGACGGUAUGCUUGCACAGGUACAGUGCAGUAGUGUAUGCCCUGGAGGGAGACUGCUGAAGUUCACAUUCCAUUAGCUAUGGAGCCCCGGAAUGUUGCUAAACCUCUCUGGGCCUUUGUUUAUCUCUAAAAAGGAGCAAACAAUGGUGCCCUUACCAGAGGGUUGUCAAAAGUAAGAGUUAUAAAGCACCAUACGACAAAAUUCUAAAAGUUAUUAAACACACACACACACACACACACACACACACACUUACACUCACACUAUAGUUUUGGUUUUCAGGAUUCUUGAGAGGUUUGACCCUGGGCAAGUAUUAUUCCAGCUCUCUUAGCCCCUGUUCCUUGUUGUCUUUGUAUAGGGAGAUAGCCAACGUUCUAGUGUUAAAACACUUUCCGGAAGGAAUUGUGGCUUGUAAAUAUCAGAGCUGGGACCAGAAACCGUGUGCUUGUUUCAAAAGUAGCUGCAGGCACAACUGUAGCCAUGUGUGCAGGCAGGUGACUGUGCGUGUUUCGAGCCUUUCAGACCCUUAAUGUGUCAUGACCGAAGAGCCAGCCUCCUCUUCUGGAUUGUCUCCGUCCUGUGGUGUUGACCGUGCUGGUAUCAUUGGUACUGUUGCUAUCUGAUGUCCCUCUCAGCUGUGACUUUGAGCCCGUACCCUCUAAUGGGGCAUGCCAAGGUAGCUAUGAAGCUCUUUGGUCUUAGUGCUUCCUCUCUGGCUGGACUUGGCUUUGAAGCCUGAAAAAGUCUAUCGUAUUGUGAGACCUGACUUUUAAGGUAUAUCCUUUUCCGGAAAAGGCUAAUAUGAAAGGCUCUGCCUUCAUGCUUAAGAAACUUAGGAAAUCAGUGUACUGGGGAAUAAAAUAAAAUAAAACAAAACAAAGCAACACCCUCCAACUUCAACACAUUUGCUGAUUCCUGUCACCGAGACAUUUUUCAUGUUUGCUGACGAAAUGGACACUUUAAAAUGCAGUAACGUAAUGUUCUAAAAGACAAACUCUAUCCUAUAUGAGUGGCAAAAGGUGCUUUAGUACUCAAGCCCUAUUUUGGGCCUCUGGAAUUCAGUUCCUUCCUGUUGCCAGCUGAACCUGAUGCAUUAGAUGAAAAUAUAUUCCUAUCUUCAAAUGUGGACAACGGGACAUUCUGUCCUCUGAAUUUCAGUGUUUGACUUGGGUGUUGCAGGAAACUUGGCACCCUCCCUUUUCAGAAUAAUAAACAGACAUGAUGUGGCCUCGUGUUUCAUCUGAUGGGCUUAGAUGCUAUUGCCUCAUAAAGGCUGAUUCAUAGACAAGUGGUAACUAAUUAUAGUAGCUUAAAAAUAAUACUGUUUCAAGUUGGCAAGGCAGGAUGCCCCGCGUGUUUUGCAGGACAUGAGAGACUCUGCUUCUUUGGUGUUACGAAGGUGACACACACUUUUCUAUUUUAGUUGCUUGGCAGUUGUGCUGGCUCAUUAACUGCUGUCUUCAUUUUAAUUUUUCUAGCACCUUCUCUGUGCACAGAUAAUGGUGGGCUUUUUGCUAUAAUCCACACAGGAAAUUUCCUGGUAGCUGCCUACCACAUACAUACAUGCAUUUACUUAUUUAUUUAUUUGUUUAUUUAUUUAUCUACUGUUUAUUCAUUCAUUCACUAAUUUAUUUAUCUAUUAUGGGCCAGAGAUUCUCAUUUAUUUGUUUGUUUGUUUGUUUGUUUGUUUGUUGUGUGCUGGGGAAUCUAGCCCACGACCUGGUACAGAUGAGGGAAGUCUUCUGCCACAGGGCUAUAUUCUUAGCCCUGCUGUUGAUAUCUUAAUGCAACUGUGUCUUGCUCUAAAACAGCAAGCACAUUUUUUUCUUCUAGUUGGAAACAUUUAGAAUCUUUCUAUGAAAGGUUGCAGGAAGUUGUUUACUUCUUCAUGGAAAGCGUAAAAGACGUUUUAUAGCAUGCUCUUUAAAGAGAGGUUGGUUAUUAUUUUAUGUGGGGUUUGAGCGAAUGUAUGUGCAGUGUGUUCCUGACGGCCCUCAGAAGCCUGCAAAGGCCAUCUGAUCAAUCCCUUGCAACUGGAGUCAUAGGUGGUUGUGAGCCCCCGAACCUGGGGGCCUCUGCAAGAGCAGCAAGGGCACUUAAUCUCCAAAGGAUUUUUUUUAAUCACAGAUUACUCUUAUUGCUUUCAUUUGACUCACCUACCUCACUGUGAAUUAAUUUUACUUUAGAUUUAGUUUUCUUUAAGUAAAUAGACUGUACGUGAUCGUGUAUAAAAACUAAAAAGUAGAAAAAUAUCUGCGAUAAAAAGUAAAUCUUGGGGUUGGGGAUUUAGCUCAGUGGUAGAGUGCUUGCCUAGGAAGCGCAAGGCCCUGGGUUCGGUCCCCAGCUCCGAAAAAAAAGAACCAAAAAAAAAAAAAAAAAGUAAAUCUUCUGCCCUUGUUGUAUUAAAAGAGCUCUCCUCAGAAGCAGCCUGGGACACCACUUUCUUGCAUUCUCUCUUGGGAGAUGACUUUUGCAUUCAGGAGUACUUCUGUGUGUACCCUCGGCCAUAUUCUUUCCUUGAUGAUGAUGUUGUUGUUUUCUUUUAAUCCAUGAUCCUGGAGGUCCUUUCACUUUACAAAUUGAAUUGCGUAGUCUCUGAAAACUAGCAGUUUUUAAGGAGUAGCUGUGUGAUGAUACACUAGCAGUCGUUGUUUUACCCUUUUACCUGUGAAGCUAUGCAUGGUAUAGUGUAUCUAAGUCCAUCCACUUAACUGUUUUUCUGCUGUAAGCAGAACCCUAGAACUUGGGGACAUGAGCUGAAAAAGUACUUUCUCCUGUUACUCUUGUACCACGUGGUUUCAGCCAGUUAAUCUUUUUGUGCCUCAGCUUCCCCACUGAUACAAGGAUAUUUAUCUUAGUGUCAAGAUAAUAUAAUUAAAAUCAGUAGUCUCUUUUGAGUGCACAGCCCUAAUUGGUACAUCUGCAUUAACCUCGCCCCUCCCCCUCAAGACUCAGGAACAUCAAUGAAGAAGAGGUAGAAUGAAUGGGAGACAAAUGUGCUGGGGGAGAGUUUUGUGAAAGGUGUCCCUCUUGUCAUGACUUAGCCAUUUUCCUCAUAAAUAUCUGUGGUUGCCUGUUUAAGAUCAAGCCAAUGGUACCAGUCAUUUCAAUAGGUAGUAUCAACUGCACCUGUGUGUGUGUGUGUGUGUGUGUGUGUGUGUGUGUGUGUGUGUGUGUGUGAAACCCAACUAAACAGAUACCACAAACCAAAACGGUUGUGGCCAUGAAGCAGAGAGGGGGACAUAUUUGAAGGAGGAAGUGGGCAGGAGGAAUUAGGAUAUACAGGUAUGAAAUUGUUAAAGAAUAAAUAAACGAUAGUCUAUUGCAAAUAAAUAAAACCCAACUAGUCUAUAUAAAACUGAUAGGCCGUGCUGGGCAUAUUGAUAGACAUAGGUACACAUAUCCUAGGGUGAACUUAAGCUCUGCAUGUUCUUGAACCGACCUCUGAGACUUAGAAGCUUUGACCCAGUAUGGCGUCUGUGUUAUAACUAUGUGUCUCUUACAUUUGCUUAGACCCCAUCCUCUCUCGUGUUUCCUGUUGUUUUUGUGUGGCCUCCUAGAACAGAAAGGUGAAGAUGGUAUUUCAAACCAUCAUAUUUAUGGAUCCACACCCCUCAAGUGGAUGUCUAAGAAAUGAUUUCCCCCACGUAUGACCAAGGCAGAGCUUUAUAAUAAUCAGACGUUUAUAUUUAGGUAGAUGUAUACUUCAUGUGUGCAUGCAUGAUUUGGCUUUUAUUGAAUGAUUUCCAAAUGGUUCAGGCUAUACACAGAAUCUCUAGAAAUGUCUAGAAGAUGCACUUACUCUGGUUUACUUGUCUAUGGCAGUGGGGGUUAAGGGUCUCUUGUCUUACAGCAGCGAAGGCCACUCCUUUUGGAUUUGGACAGAACUGGAGCUAAAAAUCCCCCUGCUGGGGUUUGUUAGGUAUUUGACUUAGCUUCUGAGGUUUGCUUCUCCCCUUACAGAGAGGAUGACAGUGACAGAGAAGACAGAUGAAGGACCUGACAUUGUGUGGCAUGGAGCAGGUGCUGGUGGACCAUCUGUCCUUCCUUUCCUUCUCCCCUUCUUCCUAUCCCUGCCUCAGUCUCUUGGGAGUAGCCUCCUUGACCUUAGCCUCUGAUGCUGUGUUCAGCUACACUCUCCUCCUGACUCAUUCCCUGGAUGCUUCCUUUGCCUUAAUUUGGGGUGGAGGUGGUGGUGACAGCAGCAGCAGAAGUUGCUGUCACUUGCAUUGUACCAAUUGCCCCUCUCCUACCUAGUGAGUCAACCAAGGUUUAAUAAGCGCCUACAAGUGAAUGACUAGAGGGAAAUAUAGCAUCUCCUACACCAUUCAAGUCAGCGUUAUUUCUUUGAAAGCCGUGGCCAGCAGCAGCACUGUAUGGAAUGGCACUUGGUACCUGGUGGUGGCCUCUGAAGUUCUUCAGAGAGAGCUUUCAAUCCUGGUUACCCUUUUGAGGCAUUUGACUGAACCGUGUCAGUGGAAACCCCUUUGCCAGUGUUGUGCUGUUGGAGGAGAGGCAUACCAAGGAAAUUACUUCAUUUCAUCCAUGCUCCUCGAGAACCAUACUUGUGGAUGGCUACUUUUGACUCUCCAGUCCUGCCUUACUCCAGAAAAGGAUGGGUUGUUUGUCUUUCAGACCUAGUGGCCAGCGUAACUUGGUUCAGAGAUAGGAUCUUAGUCAGGCCAAAGGCCCGAGUAGAGAAAGGAAAGGGACAGAUGGAAAGAGAGCAGAGAGGCCUUUGCCAGGGUCCCAGAAUUUCUUAUUUGGAUAGCAGCUACUCUAUUUAAAAAGUGUUUUGCUGUGAAUAUUUGAAAUAGCGGUCACACCCUUAUGCAAAUGUAAGAACUAGGAGUUCUCCAAAGACAAGCAGGCUGGGCCCUUCCCACUCUGAAGUCUUGGGCAUUUUAGAAACAUUAUAACCACUUGAGGCAUCUCUUUUCUUUUGUCUGAUCUCUGUCCUUUAAGAUCUACCUCAGCCCUCACUGCCCAGAUGUGAGUUCUUUGAUCUUGCGUUUAGUAAUUCAAUAGAGUGUUUCCUCUUAGAGCUGUGAGUUGUUGAAGCUCUUGUCAUUUUUGUAUCUUUAUGGCUUUCCACUAAUUGUGUUAUGUAGGGCAAUCGCUCUCAACUCCCUCUUGCUGCUACAGAGGGCAGCAAUAAUACAUUAGCUAGAAACAUACACCAUAACCACUAAGUUAGGAAGCCUCUGGUGAUUCCCACUGCCUGCUGUGUAACACGCUUAAGUGGUUCUAACUUGUAAACCAAAGUUUGAGAACCUCUACUAUAGUGAAGAGCAGGAGGCGGGGAUCCAAAGACCUGGUGGUAGCUCCCCCAUUACUCUCUGAGUGAUCUUGAGAAAAUAGUUUUUCUUCUCUUGGAGUAUUUUGUUGUAUUGGUUGCUAAUGAAUGUCUUACUUGUAGGGACGAGUGUGGAAUUCUGGGUAAAAUACAAUGAGUGUUGCUUUUGUUAAUUUAAAUAGGAGUUUUUGAGGAUGAGGGAUAAAACAUGGUCCCCUUCUGUUGCUCAAACUAGUUUUGAGUCUUGAGCUCAAGCGAUAUUUCUGUUCUCCAUCUUUGUAGGAGGUUUUGUGGAACUGCACAUGGGUGCCAUUGAGCCCACGUUAAACAGGAUUCUUUUUUGGUAGGAGUUUUUGGAUGUCUAGAUGUGUCAUUGAUGGUCUUUGAAAGGUCUCUGAAGUGGGAUGUUCCAACCUUUCCACAGCUCCUUUGCUGUAUACCUGCUGACCUCCCUAGGAAUAGUGCUUUGUGGGACAUAUUUUGGGAAAUGCUGGCUUAGCAAAGGACAACUUAAGAAUGCUUGAGCCUUGAGGUCUUAUGACCUUAUAAAUCAGCGAGAAAGAGACUUCUAGUACAGGUUAAGUCAGACACAGCGUCAGCAUUUAUAAUUUAGGUGAGCUAAAUUUCUAGAGGAGUUGAACAUUGAGAUGGGAUAUGAAUGAGAAAUAGAAAUAAAAAUGGAGGACAUGGUGGUUCCUAGGUGUGGUAAGGGAGAGGUUUAUCAUAGAGCUGAGGGAGAGCAUAGCCAGAGGCAGGGACCUCUGGGAGAGUCCUGAGUGGACAUGGCUCUGAGCUGAACCUUGUGAGGAGAGAGGGAAGAGGAGAGGGGAAGAACCAGGAGACUAAGGGGCCAAGAGGUUAAAGGACAGACAAAAGGACUGGGUAACCAAGAUGGCUGGAUUAUAUGGGGAAGGGUAUGCCAACCAUACACUGUCCAAGUAGGGACUGAGGGAUGCUGGGAGGUCCUGGUAGCCAGGUUCACUUUGAUAUGUUAAACAGACAGUUUAGGUAGCCAUUUGUCCUGGGUUUGAGGCCUAAAAGAAUGGAAGUGAAUAAAUAGUGAGAUGUGAAGUGUGUGUGUGUGUGUGUGUGUGUGUGUGUGUGUGUGUGUGUUAGUGUGUGUGUUAGUUUUACUCAGUGAGUGUUUUGUCUGCAUACAUGUAUGUGUGUACAACAUAUACAUGCUUGGUGCCUAUAGAGAUCAGAAGAGGGCAUCAGAUCCCUUUGCAAGUAGAGUUGCAAGGUGGUGUGGUGAGCCUUCUCAGGGAUACUGAGACUCAAACUCCUGAUCCUCUGCAAGAGUAGCUAACCAUUGAGCCAUGUCUUCUGCUCCGAGGUUUUAUUGUUUCAAAAGAAGUAUUUUUUUUUUCUAAAGGAGGAAAAGGGUACAUUCGGAGGAGGCGAGGAGAUGAGGAAAGGAAAAUGUCACUUACUGAGCUUAUGUGAGGCCUGGCAGGAAACAUAUGGUACAUUCAAGUCAGGUAAUUUGAGGAGAUUUUAAUAAAGGAACUAUUUUUAAAGGGCGUAGGCAGGAGUGGGGAAAGCAACUUGCGGUAACGGUGACGCAGGACUCGAUUUCUCUCUGUACCUAAGGCUUUCUCUGUGCCAUAUUCAAUCAUUGUAAUACCCAGGGUAGGUGUGAUGACGUCACACUCGGCAGAUGAGGAAAGGAACCCAGAGUAGACUCACCAGGUUUGCACUCUGCCCCACUGGGCUCUCUUCACCUCAGGUGUCUCCCACCUUUUGACAUUGCAAUCUGGCCUUGUUAGGCCACGGGGAUGCAUGUGGCCACUGAGCACCUUUCUUCCUCAGUCUCCCUCGGUGUGAUGAGGUUCCGUAGAAGCCAUAUUCUGAGCUGGAUGUCUUAAGGACGUGAGCGAGACAGCUUAGCUUGCAGGGCCUGGGAGGAGGAAGAGGUGAAAUGUUUCAGACACGUAGGCCAUCCAGGGAGGGCUUAGCAGUGGGAGCAGAAUGAAAGGGCACACUGUUCAUCUGGUGCCUUAGCCGACUGGAGAAGGGUGUGUGCAGACAGUUGGCAAAGGCCAUUAUGGGAUGGAGUUUUGAACUGGGCCAUGUUUACCCAGUGAAGUCUGAGCAGGCCUUUGCUAGAAAUUGAUAAAGAUUAUUUUUUAAUAAGGAUUUUUUUAACAUUUAAUUUAUUUACUGUGUGUGUGCGAGCGUGUUUGCGUGUGGAGGAUGGAGGUCAGCUUAAAGUCAGUUUUCUCCUUCUGCCUCAUGGGCUCUGCAGAUCAAACUGCAGUCAGGCCUGGCGGCAAGCAAGCUAUCUUGCGGCCACAGAGGUUAGAUUUAAAGAAUUGGUUUUUUACUUCCUCUGCGAGGUUCCAGAGUAUAUGAGUACUUCAUUUCUUAACUUAAGCAAGUUUCCAUAGUACUUCUGUGGGGGCCCCUGCAUCAGUUUGCAUUUGGGUUGGUCAUUGGUACUCAGUAACAGUACUUCUCACACUGAAAUACUUUCCAUACCAAAAAUUAAAAAAAAUAACAAAGAUAAAACACCUCUUGGAGAUCAUGCACAGGACCUGCCUUUGAAAACAUCUGGUAAGAAUAACAAGUUGUUUGGAAGACAGAGAUCGUCAGAUGGACCCCCACCUCGCCGUGCACGGGGAGUCUCUGGAGUAAACCUUUCUUUCCUGUUGCUUCCACACAGCAGGCCCUUCAUGGAAAUAUUUCACAUGUUUUCUCAGGCAGCAGGAAACCUUGAGGGGCAGACAGGGCUGAGGCCCCAGAUAGGAGCAGAGCCAAUCUUUGCCCUCUCUACCCCAGGGUGCGUGGGGAACCAGCCUGGCUUUGCUGCUUUGAAGCUGGGCCAGUUCCUUGCCCCACAGCACUAAAGACUCCAGCUAUCCCCAGGCUCUGUCAAGGCCUGACCUUGCUGCACCUUCAGCUCUUUCGAAAGACAGGCGUAUUUCUUAAAUGGUCUUAAAUGUCGAACAGCCCCUAUCCUAUCCCCCACCAACUCGCUCAAGACAUCUCAUAAAUCAGGAAUUCUUAGAAAUCAAAAAUUCUGGUCAGUCAGUGGAAUUCUUUCAUCUUAAAUCCUUAAAAAAAGACAAAACAGAACAAAACCAGUCAUUGUUCCAGAGAGUUUUUAAAAGUUUAAAAAUAAGUAACGUAGAGGCUUUGGAGAUGCUCGGCUAUUAAGAGUGCUAGUGAGCUUCUUUUGCAGGAGAUUCAGGUUCUAUGACCAGCACCCACAUGACAAUUCACAACCACGUAUAACUCCAGUUCCAGGGAAUCUGUCACUCUCGUGUGGCCUCUGUGAACACCUGCCAUGCAAGUAAUGCACACAGAACAACCAUAGACAUGAAAUACAAUAAUAAAAUAUAAAAAAAAUAUAAUCUCAUGAACUAAAAGCCAGGAACGAAAAGAUCAGGUUAGUAAUGUUUCCAGAGAGACAGAUCCAAUUAGCUGUAGAAGGGAUAACGUUCUCCUUUCUCAAAUAAACAAGAACUUACCUUUACUAUUUCUAAGGCAUCUGAACCACUAAACAUGUUAGUUGUUCAAGCACAAAAGCUUCAACCCUCUGAUGGGGGUUAAGAAACUACCUUGGUUUACCUUCUUAUCAAAUUAUAUCAUCUCCCUCUUCCUUUUUUCCCUUCGAGCCCUUCCAUCUACCCCUCCUUGCUCUCUUUCAAAUUCAUGGUCUCUUUUUUCAUAAAUUGUUACAUACGUGUGUGUGUGUGUGUGUGUAUGUAUGUAUGUGUAAUACAUAUAUGUGUAUAGUACAUAUGCAUGUGAUUAUAUGUAUGUAUCUAUUCCUGAAUACAUAAAUCUAGCCUGCUCAGUCUGAUGUUACUGGUCUGCAUGUUUUCAGGACUGACCAUGUUUUUUGGGGUAACUGACUGUGCUCUUUCCAGGAGAAGACUAUUUCUCCUGUUCUCAGCGUUCCUUUUGAAUACAAUGAUUGUAUUUUUAAAUAAAAUGGUUGUAAUCAUGAACCUGAAUUUUUAAAAAAUCUGGUCAAUAUUUUAGUAAAAUCUUAUCACUCCUCGUUAAGAAUUCCAAAGGCUCUGUGUUUGAAAGGGGGGCAGUCACAGAAGGUGUGGCUGCUCCCUCUCUGCAAAGAGGCUCAGCUGAGGCUAGAAGUGCACAGCCCCCCCCCCCUUCCACAAAGCACAGCCCUUCUCUUUUUCACUCUGGAACUCAUUGAGAAAAAUCACUGUAAAGUGGAUGAUUUUCCACAGACCCUGUUUGCUGCAUCCUGUGAAAAUUGGGAUGGUGAUGGUGCUUGCCUUUCAUCCCGGCACUGAGGAGACUGAGGAGAGUGGAUCUCUUGAGUUUGAGGCCUCCUGAUCUACAGAGCAAGUUCCAGGAUGUCCAGGAUCCCAGGGAGACCCUGUUUCAAAACUAAAAGCUUUUUAAAAAAAGAAACAAAGAGAAGGACCACUGAGAACGUUAGUUCCUUCGUAAUGAGCUGUGUCAGUGUGAAGAGUGUGACAUUCUGUGAUAUGCUUACUUUGGUUUUUUGUUUGUUUUUGAUUUUUAUUUAUUGUAUGUAGAUGAGUAGCUGACUUCAGACACACCAGAAGAGAGCAUCAGAUCCCAUUACAGAUGGUUGUGAGCCACCGUGUAACUGCUGGGAAUUGAACUCAGGUCCUCUGGAAGAGCAGUCAGUGCUCUUAACCACUGAGCUAUCUCCCCAGCCCAGAGUGUGACAUUCUAACUUGUGACUUUCUGACUUUUGAGACUAUUGAACUGUCUAACGUGGGGUGGGAAGGAGCUCUGAGUUCAGUGCUUUCUGAUCCCGCCCCCGCCCCCGGAUUACACCCACAAAGAGGUGGGUUUUUUUUAAUUUGUUUAUUUUAAAAAGAGUAAUCUGUGGCACGUGCUUUCUUGCGUCUGUUUAAGGUGAAUUCAUUGGUCGUUAGAUCUGCCUUGUCACACAGGUGCUCCUGUUGUCACAGGGAGGCUCUUGGGCGUUGACUACACAGUGGGGGAAUCUAGUAUGUUACACGUGUGGCUGUAAACAAUGCAUUUUGUUGUGGGUCUGCCUGUUGUGGUGUGUCAGCUAGGAUUUGUGUCUAUUUUUGUUUGUAACGCCUACUGACUUGAUUCAUUCAGAUACAAAAUUUUGAAAAAUUAGAAGGUAGGGAAAAUUAAUUACUGACAAAAGAGAUGGAAACUUUGAGCCCAAGGUGGUUCUGGGAUAUAUGAGGCAACUUGGGAGCAAUCCUUAAUAUCCACAGUGGUACUCUAAAAGUCUCUUAUGCCGCAGAAGGAAACUAGGAAAUCAGUCAUUCUUCAAAAGUUGUGUUCCCAAUUAACAAGGGUCUCUCCUUAUGCAGAGUGUCCUGUUAGUUCUUUGUGGACAGCAUGUGUUUGUAUGUAGGAGAUAUUUACAGAGAGAAAAUUUCUUAGUAUCAUUUGCCUUUUCAUGUAAAGUCAAACCAACAACUUAUUUUACUGCCCCUAUUCUACACCCAAGGCCCUGUGUUAAAAUUCAGAAAGAGUAUUAGCAGCAAAUGAAGAAUUUUUGUUCUUUUGAAGCGUGCCGUUCUCUCUACCAUCUGCUCUGUAAACACAAAGGUGAAAGCUUUCUUUGAAGAGCUCAUUUGCUGUGUCUGACUCGAAGGUUUGUCUUUGAUGGGCAGAACUUGAGACAGGCAUAGGGAAGCUUGAUUUCAUCCUGCCCAGGCCCAACACUUACUCUGGCCUUGUGGGCGGUCUUCCUCUGCCUAACUCAGAAUGCUCUUUCAUUAAUACAGUGAAAAUGUCAAGUGAGGCCAUUUCUAACGUGUUUCUGAACAAGAACCUGGCUCUGAUUUUUUUAUUGGAUAAUUUCGCCGUGUGAUUACUGAGGUAGUUCCACUUAAGUGUCUCUUACUCCUGAGAGUUUCCAGUAUAUCUUGUAGAGCUGGAAAAUCCAAAAUCAGAAAUACUGACUGUUCUAGAGUUCUACAGUGAGCAAAGAAAAUGCGAGGAUGUGCCGAGUUCCAGGCCCUGCCUUCAGAAAGGGACGCCUCCUUUGAGGGAAGAGUAAAGGCUAUCGAAGCUCUCACAUACUUGGGUACAGAACGACACAGACAGGAAGUGUCCAAGUCACACAGCUGCAUUUCCUAAGCUCUUGCAGCACCUCUGUUUAAGUGCUUUCCUAGUGCUGUCCCCACCUCGCUUGGAGCUGUCACAGCAGCGGAGCGCUGAGGUGCAAUCAUUUUCCAGAGGGAGAAACGAUAAUUUGUUCCAUGCCGCUUUGGCAGAAGGGAGUAGGGCGGAUUGGAGACUGUAUUCUUUUAAAUGGUUUUAAAUGUAAUGUUUGCUCCUCACAUCAUGAGUGUGCAUGUGACUGCUAUGUGUGUGAGUGCAUGAGACAACUUUCGAGUGUCAGCGAUACACUUUUAUAGUGGGAUCUGGGCGAGGGGCUGGGGCAAGGGUGGGGGAUUGAACUCGGGUCAGGAGUGUGUGGUGAGAUAGAAAUGAUCUGCCUUCCUCAAAGCUCUGCAGUGCACUUGUCCAGCUCUGGCUAAUAACGCUCCAAAAGGAGCCAGCCUUGAAGAGGUAUUACUGCUUUAUAUGGACCCCAGGCUUGUGCAUUUUAUAUACACUAGUUACCACCGCCUUCCCCAGCCCCAUUCCAACACCGAUGCCAGAGCUAGGAAGACCCCAGUGUUUAUGGGAACCGGGAACAUCUUUGCUCCUAGAGUUGACAAGAGCCAAGUAAAAGAGUAAGCAGGUAGACUUAGGGUACCUGUCAUUGGAAGGUGACUCCUGUGGUAGAACUGAACGGGUUUUUAAAAUGUCCAGUUCUUUACAAAGCUUCAAUCUUUCACUUUCUCUCUCCCUCCCCCUUCUUUCUCCUUCUCUCUUCUUCCUUCCUUCUUUCUUUCCCCCUCCAAAACGGGGUUUCUCUGUAGACCAGGCUGGUCUUGAACUCAGAGAUCCACCUGCCCUUGCUUCCCAAGUGCUACCACACCUUAUUCCCAUGUUAUCACUUUAUCUUAUUUGUUUGUUUGUUUUUAAAAUUUUUACUUUCAGUUGGAGUCCUCAUUUGGGGAUCUCCACCUUUCCAGUUUUAGAAUCUGUGCUGUGGGGUCUCCUGGCGGCCUGUGUAAAGAAGCCUUCACUAGUCUUCCUUCCUUUUCCUGGUUGACAGGGCUCACUCAGGGCUGCCCAUGGGCUGUUUUAGAAGCUUCUGUUUGCUGUUGUUCUCCGAGGGCAUCACAUAGCUUUAAAAAUGAGUAUCAGCCACUUCCAUUAAGCAACCUCUGAGCCUCUGAUAGUAGGCCUGUCAAGGACAGUGUGUGUGAGCACAGGCUGUGAUGUCACUCAGAGAGUCCCAGGAACUGUAUAAAUGUGUUGAAUAGUUUGUUUAGAACAUUCUCCGAGUCACCAUUCAACAAAUGCCACAGAGAGGACUUUGAAAACAAAUAGAAGGACCCGAAAGGUAGUGUGAGGCUCGGCCUUGGAAUUCAAGGAAGGACUUGGGUUUUCAGGUUAAGGUCAGACAGACAGGAGUCCACAGUUCUAUUUCUUGUGGGUAGUGUGUCCCCAAGAUAUCAGUUUCUCCUUUUUUUUUAAUUGAUGGUGACAGUUCCCACACCAAAGAGUUAUCAGGAUUAAUAAGAUGGCCUUCGCCUAGCUCUCGACGGUAACAGGACUUUCCUCACUAGCAAUAUAAGUCAAAUACAGCCGGUUUGGGUAGUUGAGAAGAAGUGAGAAGCGCAAUUUGAAACUGGACCACUCCUGCACAAAAGAGAAAAGCAUUUUGUGCUGCAGAGUUGUGAGGAGUUUGCAGACGUCUCUGUCAGAGGCGUAUUCAUCAGGGAGUGAAAUGCCAUUUCUGGGAAGUUGCUCUUAGUUUUUCUGGGAGCAACCUGGUCUACAUUGGUGAGUUCUGGGUCAACCAGAGCUACAAAGUGAGGCCUUGUCUGGAAAACAAAAAAACCCCACAAGUUUCUGAAGUUGGGGAAACCUGAAAAAGAAAGAAAGGAAGAAAGAAGGAAAACAUGUAUCAUUAGAACCUUAUUUCAAAAGCUUCAUAGCAAGAGAGAAAUAUGUAAGAGGAAAUACCUACAUACAUUAUUCUCAUGGUCAGAUAAUGUAACAAAUUAAUAGUAAAAAUCAUAUGAGGUGUGUCAGGGAAGUGACCCUGUGGGUCUUUUUGUUUAAUUUACUUAGUGUGUGCUUAUAUUCAUUCUUUCUGUAGUUUGAACAGUACUUAAAAAAAUGGAGCCUAGGAGUUGGGGAUUUAGCUCAGUGGUAGAGCGCUUGCCUAGCAAACGCAAGUCCCUGGGUUCGAUCCCCAGCUCCGGAAAGAAAAAAAAAAAAAAAAAAAGGGAGCCUACUUGAAAUGAAAAAAGGGUUUCUUUAUAUAAAAAGGUAAACUAUUUGAACAAUCUCUUUAAAUUGUGUUGUCUUUGCCAAAAGAAAUCCAAUUGUAAUUAAGCCCUGGCACUGCGGUUUAGUAAAAACAACUGGAGAAGUUGGGGGCUUUAAGAGCUUGAUGCAAGGAAGAAGGGAGACAGGCACAAGGUCCCCACCCUAACUGAGAAGUUGUUGGUACUCGUUGGCUGAUGGAGAAGGAGGAGCAGGUCUUCUUUAAGAGGCCUCCCAUGCUCCACUGGAUGGCCAUACGUUCAGGAGUAUCUGGGCAGCGCAAGUUGGAAUCAGUGUUUUUAAUAAACAAGGUCACAAAGUUGGGUACACAGGAGAGUGGGGUGGCUCUCUGAGGAGACUGGCAGAUGUGAUCUGAAUGUAUUGUAUGGAGGUCUCAAGAAACCAACUGAGAAAAGGGCUUUGAUGCGGUGUGAAAUUAGCCCUCACAGUAUGAUAGGAUUAUGUGGUAGGAUAUAAACGGGGAGUUAGAAAUACUUCCAUGAAAAAAGCAAAACAUUUGCUUGUUUCCGUUGUGUCAACGUUUUAUAGGUUUGGGCCACUGUGAAAUAGGAUGUGAAAUAGCUUUACAUUUAGGGCCCAUUUGGAUUCUUUGCUCUCCCAAACAUGCAGCUGAGAUAUGUUGAGAUAAGAAAUGUAUGUGCUUUUAUCAGAUUUCUCGUUUGUAACCCAGCUCCAGGUGGCUUGCAGACUGCAGACCCGGGCAGCAGUCAUGAUGAGUAGGCCCAGUGAGCGGAGCAGCACUCUCAUACUGCUUCAUUCGCUGUGAACAUUUUAGAGGAGAAGAAGGAAAAAUCUGUUUCCUUGCUUAAACGAAAGCUCGAAGCAAUCAGUACAAAAUAUAAAUACUAUGCAAAUAGAUGGAAGAAAUUCUUCAACAUCUCCGGAUUCAUGUGAUGGUUUGGGUUUGGGUGUUGGUCUUGAAUGGCUGUGUGGUUUAUACUUGUGGCGGUCAGUGUUUCUCAGACGACAGCCUUAAAACUGCACUGCCAGGAACAGAGGUUGCUGGGCUCCACGGGGCUCCUCAGUCAGCUCUCUGGGAGCAGACCCUGCAAGUGUUUCAGAGCAGAGCUCCCACAGCCUACAGUGUGAGCUGUUUCCAAACAACAGACAUCAGCAAAACAUGCAGAUUAACUCGCCUUCUAAUUGGAAAUGUUUUUUUAGAUCUAUAGAGUUCAGAUUUAUGCCAAAAAAUUGAGAGCAAAGGAUUUUUAUUUUGAACCCAGAAUUUUAUUACUACAUGAAGGAGAUUUGAAGAUUCAAGGCAUUGCAUACCGUGUCCUCAAUUUGAGCAGUAAGAUUGUUUUUUUUUUUUUAAAGUACAAGUUAAAAAUUUAGUGGGAGGGCACAGUUAGAAUAGAUUUGAAAACGUCACUGUUGUUUUUCUGAACUCUGUGACUCAUUAAGUAGCAAUUUAAAAUACAUUUUUACUGUCUGUAAGAAAAAGCUUGUAUUUGAGAAAUCAUUUAUCAUUAAGAUGUCUCUGAAUUUAUAAAACAGCACACUCGGAGGGGAUUAAUUACUAACUUUGGAGGGGAUGGUUGAAAAGAGAGACCCAGUGUUUUAGCAAGGUUCGUCAAGCAUCCCUUUGUUACAACUUUUGGGAUGAAAUCAAAGUCAAAGAGAAAAUCGGAGUCUGAUUUUUUUUUAAAAAAAAAAAAAACUUUUUAUUGAUUCUUAGUGAGUUUCACAUCAUGUUUUAUGUAAAGAUAUUGGGAUUUUUUUUGUUGUUGCUGUUGUUGGUUAUUUAUUUAUGUAUGCAUUUAUUUACACACACACACACACACACACACACACACACACACACACACACACACAGAGCCACCCUACCUGGCUAAGAUGUUAUAGUUAUAAUUAUCUUUAAGAAACAACAAAAAGACUGGGCAGUGGUGGCUCAUGCCUUUAAUUCCAGCACUCAGAGGUAGAUCUCUGAGGCCAGCUUUGAACAGAGUAAGUUUCAGGAUAGACAUGACUACACAGAAAACCCUGUUUCAAAAAACAAAACAAAACAAAACAAAAAACCCCAAAAAACCUCAAAAACCAAACAAAAGAAACAAAACAAUUCAUGAUGUAGAUAUGAGAGAAUCUGUCACUUUAACUUUGACUCAAAAACAAACAAGAUUUCACUUGACGCGUCUGUGCGUAAAUGAAACCCCACUCCCACCCCCAAAACCAGGAUCUCACUGUGUAGCUUAGGCUGGCUUUGAACAUGCUGUCUUUCUGUCUCCUGUCCAGAAUGCUGGCAUUAUAGACAUGAGCCAUCAUGCCCAACUUGAGUGGGAGGCGUUGUUGGUUGGUUGAGGAUGGUGGUGCAUUUGAGAGAAGCCCUUCACUGUCAGACUCCACUCCAAACCUGUAACAUAGUGUCGGGUGUGUAGAAAUGAGUGAAGUGAGGUUUAAAUGAGAUUUACAGCCUACAUCUGUGAAUAGUUUGCUAUGUAUCUAAAUCUCUAAAUAAGUGGGGGCGAAAUAUACGGUCUACUUGAAAUAAAGGAAAUACAUAUGGAUAAAAAAAAUCUAAUUUGGGUAAUUUGAUAAUUGGUCUCCGCCCCCCACCAGUAUUUUCUAGGCCAGGGCCAACAUGGAUGCACUUCUCUUUUUUGUUUCAUUUGUCUUUACCCCCUCCCCCCAAUCAUUUCUUCCUUCAUUGAAUCCCCUCUAAUGGCUGUGGGUGGAGGGGAGCAGUGGGAACGCCAACAUGCCCUCUCUUGCCAGAUGACAUUUCUGCCUCUCCGCUUCUUAGCUGGAAGGGCUCACCCUGGGGUGACAUCCUUAUCUUCCUGACAGUUGCCUUACAGCCCUGAGAUCUGAGUUCCCAUGACCCAGGCACUCUAUUUAUUUUCUUAGCUAGGAAUUUCCAGAGCCCCAGCUGGGGUGCCCUUUGCCUUCCCAGCAGCUGGCUUCAUUUGGAAUUUAAUGAGUUUGCUGAGUGGAGUGGCCAGAAAGGGUUUCCCUCACUGGAAGGACUCUUGACAGUUUUUCCUGUAAAGUAAGUAAUUACCAGGGGCCGGGGAGCUCCAGGAAAGAGCCUUCCCAGCCCUCUCCCCUGAAGUCAGGGGCUAGGGUGCAGUCUUCUUGCCCUAUUCUCCUUUAGUUUGGGGUAAGAAGGAAUAUGUUUUAAAUCCUUGGUAUUUUUUAGUUCCAUGUCCACCGGGGACAGUUAACCAAGCCUGUUGGUGGACUUUGCGCUGCCCUUCUCAGCUCCCACUCCCCACCAAGUCUGGUUCUCCGCAUUUAAGUUUGCUGGUUCAGUAGUACAGCUGUGAUUUUUAGCAGGUGGGAGGAGCGUCAAGCGCUUUGUUACCUCAUUCCUGCUUUUAUUGAGGGCUUUAGGCACGUUUUAGAUCCAUCCUUCCUCUUUAUAAUCUUUACGAAUUUAUGGAAGAACAUGGUUUUGCACUGUUUUGAGAAACAGAAGGAAGUCCACAAUUACAGGCUGCUGAAGCUGACUUCCUUGGACCACAUGAAACUUCCCCAGAGCAGACCAUGGUGGCUAGAUGUCUCUCCCAGCCCCCAUCAAAAUCACUGAUUAACCUUUGUCACAGAUGCCCAAGGACUCUGCUGUCUCGUAACCUACAAACUGUACAAGUGUUGGUCCCGGAGAGAGUCACGACAAGGUCUGAGUUAAAUAUUCUCUGCCUGUGGCAAGAAACCCUUCAUUCCUGGCAGUGUUUCUCCUUCUUCACACUGGACCCAGAGGGCUGUUGUUAAUCAGUGACUAUAAAGGCGAAUUUCAUUAACCAGCGUUUCUACUCGUCUCCAACUCUCUUCUGCUUUCGGGAACUAGAGGGAGACACAAAAAAAAGAAACCAGUCAUGUCCACACGCACUCAUGUAUGAAGCGCUUCCUGUGUGCCCUGCAGUAUAUUGCACGGACAGAGGCCCCCAAGUCCUUGUGACAGGAGUCCUGGUGCCAUUUUACCCAUUCGGCAUGUCGGGACACAGAGGUUCACUGUGGUAGCAGAGCCAGUGGGAAGCACUUAGAGCUCUUCUGUGCUGGUUAGAGUCCAUGUCAAGAAGGCGACCGUUCUCUCAAUGAAGAGCUCUUACUCCCACUUCUGUCUUCUGCAACUAACCCCAGAAGAACCCUCCGGAGCAGCGGCUGGAGAAGACUUGCCUGCCACCAGCAUGAGUUCUGAAUGUGAUGUUGGAAGUUCUAAAGCUGUGGUGAAUGGCUUGGCACCUGGCAGCCAUGGACCAGACAAAGCCGACCCUUUGCGUGCUCGCACUAUAUCUGCUGUUAAAAUAAUUCCCGUGAAGACAGUGAAAAGCCCUUCAGGCCUAGUACUCCCUCCAGACAUGGACCCUACAAAAAUCUGCACAGGGAAAGGGACAGUGACCCUUCGGGCCUCGUCUUCCUACAGGGAGACCCCAAGCAGCAGCCCUGUGAGCCCCCAGGAAUCUCCGAAGCAUGAAAACAAGUCAGGCCUGGAGCCAGAGGACCAUUCAGCAGAUGAAUGGAAACUUUCUUCCAGUGCCGAUGCCAAUGGCAACGCCCAGCCCUCCCCACUCGCUGCCAAGGGCUAUAGAAGUGUGCAUCCCAGCCUUUUGGCUGACAAGCCCCAGUUUCUGUCUCCCCCACGCCUUCCUUUCCCUCAAGAGGACGGCUUUGCAUGGCAAUCCCCCACCAUCCACCGCAACUACAAGGAUUCCCUUUACAUGAGCUCACCGAAGCCCUACAUCCCACCCAGCACCCCCAGCCAACAGAACCCCUCACUGCCUCCGCCCAUCUCUGUUCCUCCAGGAGCUAGGUUGGCUCCCCCAAAUGCAUCAUGUUCUGGUUCAUUGCUUUUGGGGUCCAUGGGCCUUGAUGUGCCCUCCCAACCCCAGCAACAUUAUAUGGGAUCCAGAUUAGUGUAUAGUAAGAAUGUGAGCUCUAACCCACGUCAUGAGGCCAUAGGGAAUAAACAGGUCAGCAGCUUAUAUGUCCCGUGUUUAUCCAAUAACAUUUGCUGGGCAACGUCAGAAAACUACUCUCCUGUUGCACGUGACUCAGCCCAAGACACUCCCUCGGAGGCUGCAGGCACCCAGGCACCAGCUCCUAGCCAUGUCCCUGGCACAGUCACAGCCAGCACUGGAAAACCACCCCCUGCUCCUCCUCCUGACCCUCCCAAGCUAUCCUUUAACAACCACAAAGAUGCCGGUAACCGCGGUGAGAAUCCCACACUGGGGACAUGGGCCUCAUUCCCAGAUGCAGUGAGGCCUCCCAGACUAGGCCCCCAGGUUACCUCUGAUUCCGAAAACCAGAAGAACAAAGAAACUUACCUUUUGCAGCCGUGUUAUCCAGCCAAGGAUGCCACCUCCUCCAGCCCAGCCCCGUCUGAGGUAAUAGUUGUCCCUCUCUACCUGGUUAACACUGACAGAGGGCAAGGGCAAGAAGGCACUGCCAGAACUCCAGCAUCUCUGGGGCCACUUGGCUGCAUCCACACUGUCCCGGCGACCACCCCUGCUGCCUCACCUCUGACCUUCCCGACACUAGAUGAUUUCAUUCCCCCUCAUCUGCAGAGGCGGCCCCACCACAGCCAGCCAGCCAGUGCUUGUGGCUCCCUCUCCCCUGCUAGCCAGACGCCACCACCCUCACCACCGCCUCCGCUGGUCCCUCCUAUACCGGAGGACCUCCACAGAGGCUUGGAGCCUGACCUCCCGGGAGCUGUCUCAAGUACCGGCAGUCCUUUACUAAAUGAAGUUUCUUCUUCCCACAUUGACACUGAUUCCCAAGUCUUCCCUCCAACAAGCAAACCUUCGUCUGCCUACCCUUCCACCACAAUUGUCAACCCUACCAUUGUGCUCUUGCAGCACAACCGAGAACAGCAAAAACGACUCAGUAGUCUUUCAGAUCCCGCCUCAGAGAGAAGAGUGGGUGAGCAGGACCCAGUGCCAACCCCGGCAGAACUCACCUCGCCCAUCAGGGCUGCGGAAAGGAGAGCCAAGGAUGACAGCAGACGGGUGGUGAGGAGUGCACAGGACCUAAGCAGUGUGUCUAUGGAUGAAGUGGGCAUCCCACUCCGGAAUACCGAGAGAUCGAAAGACUGGUACAAAACUAUGUUUAAACAGAUCCACAAGCUGAACAGAGACACUCCUGAGGAAAACCCUUAUUUCCCUACGUACAAAUUCCCCGAGCUUCCUGAAAUCCAGCAGAACUCUGAAGAGGACAACCCUUACACUCCUACCUACCAGUUUCCUGCUUCCACUCCUAGUCCUAAGUCAGAAGAUGAUGAUUCUGACCUGCACUCUCCUCGAUACUCCUUUUCUGAAGACACAAAGUCUCCCCUUUCUGUGCCUCGCUCAAAAAGUGAGAUGAACUACAUUGACGGGGAGAAAGUGGUCAAGAGGUCUGCCACACUCCCCCUCCCAGCCCGCUCCUCCUCACUCAAGUCCAGCCCAGAGAGAAACGACUGGGAGCCCCCAGAUAAGAAAGUGGAUACGAGAAAAUACCGAGCAGAGCCCAAAAGCAUUUAUGAGUAUCAGCCCGGCAAGUCUUCCGUCCUGACCAAUGAGAAGAUGAGUCGGGAUAUAAGCCCAGAAGAGAUAGAUUUAAAGAAUGAACCUUGGUAUAAAUUCUUUUCGGAAUUGGAGUUUGGGAGACCGCCUCCUAAAAAGAUAUGGGACUAUACUCCUGGAGACUGCUCUAUCCUUCCUAGAGGGGAUAGAAAGACUAACCUAGAAAAAGAUCUCAACUUGUGCCAAGCAGAGUUAGAGGCAGAUUUAGAGAAAGUGGAGACGGUUAAUAAAUCACCCACUGCACACGUGCCACAGAGCUCAGCAGUCAGCCCGACUCCAGACAUUACGUCAGAGCCUCCUGGAUAUAUAUACUCCUCCGACUUCCAUGCAGUGAAGAGAGAAUCAGACGGGACCCCCGGGGGUCUCGCUAGCUUGGAGAACGAGAGGCAGAUUUAUAAAAGUGUCUUGGAAGGUGGUGACAUCCCUCUUCAAGGCCUGAGUGGGCUCAAGCGACCUUCCAGCUCAGCGUCUACUAAAGUGGAUCGUAAAGGCGGGAAUGCUCACAUGAUUUCUUCAUCAUCAGUUCAUAGCCGAACGUUUCACACUAGCAAUGCUUUAGGCCCUGGGUGUAAGCACAAGAAACCCCUGUCGGCUGCGAAAGCCUGCAUUUCGGAGAUCCUUCCUUCCAAAUUCAAACCCAGGCUCUCUGCUCCCAGCGCUCUUUUGCAGGAACAGAAGAGCGUCCUGUUAACCUCAGAGAAGGCUCAGAGCUGUGAGAACCUUUGUGUUUCUUUGAAUGAUUCCAAAAGAGGCCUCCCACUCCGUGUUGGGGGAAGCAUCGAGAACCUACUCAUGCGCUCCCGGCGGGAUUACGACAGCAAGUCCAGCAGCACCAUGAGCCUACAGGAGUACAGCACCAGCUCCAGGAGGCCUUGCCCUCUCUCCAGAAAGGCUGGACUGCAUUUCUCCAUGUUCUACCGGGACAUGCACCAGAUCAACCGAGCUGGCCUCUCCUUAGGCUCCAUCUCCUCCUCGAGUGUGCGAGAUCUUGCCUCCCACUUUGAAAGGAGCAGUCUGUCGCUAGCCAGGGGUGAGCUGGGCGCUAGCCAAGAGGGCUCAGAACAUAUCCCCAAGCACACAGUGUCCUCCCGUAUCACGGCCUUUGAGCAGCUCAUUCAGCGGUCUCGGUCCAUGCCAUCCCUGGACUUCUCUGGCAGGCUGAGCAAGUCCCCGACACCUGUGCUCUCUAGAAGCGGCCUGACCUCAGCUCGUUCAGCAGAAUCCCUCCUCGAGUCUACCAAGCUCCGUCCCAGAGAGAUGGACGGGAUGGACUCCGGAGGGGUCUAUUCGUCUCCCACGUGUAGCAAUAUGGCGGACCACGCCUUGAGCUUCCGGAGCCUUGCGCCCUCUGAGCCCCUUUCCAUCUGCUCGGAUGAGCUAGACCACUGCUCAAAUAUUUCUAAUGACAGCAGGGAGGGCAGCGGGGGCAGUGUUCAUGGGGACUUCCCCAAACAUCGCCUCAACAAGUGCAAGGGCACCUGCCCGGCUUCAUACACCCGGUUCACCACUAUCCGGAAGCAUGAGCAGCAGUCCUCCAGGCAGCCAGACUGGCGCUCGGAUUCCAGGGGGGACAGGAACAGUCUCCUCAGAAACAUCUACCUGAUGAGCCCCCUCCCUUUUCGAUUGAAAAAGCCCCUUCAACAGCACCCCAGACAGCCUCCCCACGAUGACUCCUCAGGGUGCCCUGCUGGCCAGAAGGCAGACCUUCCCUGCCAGGGCCCUCAGGACCAGCCCCACUCUGCGGGGAAACCCAUGGUCCCCACUCGCCUGUCUUCCCGACACACCAUGGCCAGGCUUAGCCACAACUCAGAGCCCCCUCUGGACAGAUCCGCAGGCCUGGAGGAUUGCACAAGGGCUGUUAAUAACGGGAACCCCGUGCCCUACUCAGACCAUGCCUUGGACAGGAACAACAAUCCACAAAGUGAACUGGCAGCAGCCCAUGGAGAUUCAGAGUCACCAAGACAUUUUAUACCAGCUGAUUACUUGGAGUCCACAGAAGAAUUUAUCCGGAGACGGCACGACGAUAAAGAGAAACUUUUAGCGGACCAGAGACGACUUAAGCGCGAGCAAGAAGAGGCCGAUAUUGCAGCUCGCCGCCACACAGGUGUCAUCCCGACUCAUCAUCAGUUUAUCACUAAUGAGCGCUUUGGGGACCUCCUCAAUAUAGAUGACACUGCAAAAAGGAAAUCUGGGUUAGAGAUGAGACCUGCCCGAGCCAAAUUUGACUUUAAAGCUCAGACACUGAAGGAGCUGCCUCUGCAGAAGGGAGAUAUUGUUUACAUCUAUAAACAGAUCGAUCAGAACUGGUAUGAAGGUGAACACCAUGGCCGGGUGGGAAUCUUCCCACGCACCUAUAUCGAGCUUCUUCCUCCAGCUGAGAAGGCUCAGCCCAGAAAGUUGGCGCCCGUACAGGUUUUGGAAUAUGGAGAAGCCAUUGCGAAGUUUAACUUUAAUGGUGAUACACAAGUAGAAAUGUCUUUCCGAAAGGGGGAGAGGAUCACGCUGCUCCGGCAGGUGGAUGAGAACUGGUACGAAGGGAGGAUUCCUGGCACAUCCCGCCAAGGCAUUUUCCCUAUCACCUAUGUAGAUGUGCUUAAGAGGCCAUUGGUGAAAACCCCCGUGGAUUACAUCGAUCUGCCUUAUUCUUCUUCCCCAAGUCGCAGUGCCACUGUGAGCCCACAGUGCACUAGUCACAGCAAGCUCAUCAUGCCAGCCCCUUCAUCUCUACCCCACCCCCGCCGAGCCCUGUCCCCCGAGAUGCACGCCAUCACCUCUGAGUGGAUCUCUCUGACUGUUGGGGUCCCGGGCAGGCGUUCUCUGGCCAUGACACCACCCUUGCCUCCACUGCCUGAGGCUUCUGUGUAUGACAUGGACCGUUUGGCCUUGUCAGCGAGGGCCCGCCCCUCCUUGCCACUCAGUCUUCCCUAUUCCAGUUGGUCAGAUCACUCCACCCUGCGCUCAGUGGUCUCCCCGGUGGCCCUACCUCCACCCCACAAAGCCUGCUCACGGGCACCCAGUGCCCAGGCUCCUCUUCACAUCAAUGGAGACGGUGGUAUUCACAUUCGCCAAGAUGGCUUCUCCCAGCCACCACUUGGGAACUCCGAUAGGGUCAUCUCAGAGCUUAGUGACGCCUUUAGCAGCCAGAGCAAGAGACAGCCCUGGCGAGAAGAUGGACCAUAUGACAGGAAAGCAGAGAGCGAGGCAGGUGAGAGAUGCCCUGGUGGACCCAAGAUCUCUAAGAAGAGCUGCUUGAAACCUUCAGACGUGGUCAGGUGCCUGAGUUCUGAGCAGAGACUCUCGGAGUUCCACACUCCUGAGGACAGCCAGUCCUUCAAGCCUCUGAGUAGCCCUUUCCCAGCAUGGGAAGCUGGGCCACCAGAGCUUCACAGAGGUGUCGAGGCUGACAGGAAAGCUGCUCAGAGUGGUGUAAGCCAGCAACCUCAAGCCCAGCAGCGAAGACUCACCCCUGACAGGAGUCAGCCCUCACAGGAUUUAUGUAGCUACCAAGCGUUAUAUAGUUACGUGCCACAGAACGAUGAUGAGUUGGAACUCCGAGAUGGAGAUAUUGUCGAUGUCAUGGAAAAAUGUGACGAUGGCUGGUUUGUUGGCACUUCGAGAAGGACGAGGCAGUUUGGCACUUUUCCAGGCAACUAUGUAAAACCUUUAUAUCUAUAAGAAGACUGAAAAGCACAGAGAUUAUUUUUUAUCAGAAGAUGAAGCAUCAUUCAUGAACUGGUCUCUUUAUUUAAAUAUCGAGUCAGUAGGAAAACGAAUUUCAGUUGAUAAAGAAAGAAUUCAAAGAGAGGAACAGAGAAGUGUGUCUAAAAACCUCUGUGUAUCAGGGACUGACUAUCUGCUGAAGACAUCUGUAUUUACAUGGCUGCUUCUGGAGUUGCUCUAGCCCCUGCUGCUUACAGAAUCUGAUCUGGAGUAGUGUCCGUGAGCAACAUUAGCCAAAAAAUGUGUCCGGUCUUUACCCAUUCCCAUUUCAAAAGUGGUCCGUUGGGGCUGGAUAAGUCAGUCCCUGUCCAUGUUCCACAGGUCCCAAGCCUGAGCAUCAUUGGCAACUCCUGCCUCUAUUCCUGGCUACCCCAGAGCCUGCAGACCUCAAGGGACGCUAGAGGCCGGUCUGGGUUGUUGAAGUUUUCUUUCAGACCUUGAUGAGGUCCAGGUAAAGAAAUGGUGCAGACCAGGUGCCCUAGCCCCCAGCUUCUGGGUGAUAUCACCCUUUACUGCCCUGAUGUUCAGACAGAAAACUGGCUGUCCUAAGCUUGGGAGCAGGUGGCCAGGCAGAUGGGUUACGUUUGUGUUUCCACGUGAUGAAGCCACCUUGGGGCUCUGCAAGUCACUUGGAGUGUGUCCUUCCCUGGUCACUACCACUGGCUAGCCAGGGUUGGCUGUGCCUUUCUUCUUUGGUUUAGUAUGGGCUUGAUACACUUGAGCCCAUAGGCUACAGCCUGGUCUCCAGUAGCUCUCUUAGCAUGCGUAGAUGCAAGCUGGCUGCAGGGCCACCAUGAGUAAGACACUCCCAGACCCAGGAGGGGCUCUGUGCCUCCUGUGUUGCCUGUGGAGUUUGAAUGCCACCCAGAACAUUGUCUUCUCUUGUCCUUCCCCUGCUUCCUCUCCACCCCAGGCCUGGGAGUCCUGGUGCACAUAGUGAGGCCUCCAUUCAGAACUCAAGAAUUACACACCGGCCUGGGUAUGAGGCAGCAAUUCUCCUCCUGGUGGCAGCCGUGAGUCUGUCCUCUGUGAGCCCUGGUUGUGAGGAGGGGACCCUUUGACACCUGGGUGUUUAGUCACCACUCUGAUUUCUCUGUUAGAUCCCUAGUUGACACAAAGAUAAGUGUGGCCUCUUCCCAAAGCUGAGCCUGCCAGGGCCUCAGCUCAGUGGACAACACAGGAGAAGAAGCCCAAUCUAGAGAGACUGUGAUACGUGCAGAGGGUGUGAGGAAGGGAUGUUUUUCUCCUGAGGGGACACUAGAAAGCGGUCAGGUUUCCCGCUCCCAUAGCUCACUUCUAAACAACUGGGAUGCUGGGAGAACCCUCGUCUGAGGGUAGUUUGUGUCUGGAAAUACUGAGAAUUUUUUUUCCAGACCCAUAAAUACAUGUACAAGGUCACAAAUACCAGGGAUUGUGGGUGAUGGGGUAUACACUGGAACCCUGACUCUCUGCAUGUAGUUCAGAGUCACCCUAAGCACUAUCCCAAAGUCUGGAGUCGGCAACAUUUGUCUUCAGUGACCGCCUACUGCCGUAGAUAGCAUGGGACCCUAAUUUCCCACCUCUGCCAUCACCCGUCAGCCAUAAUUCUCUGAGGAGGUUCUUAUCCUCGGGAAAGAAACCGCCACGCAUUGAUUCGCACUGAAAUGUAAAUGGCUGAUGGGGAAAUAAAUGUGUUGCCUCUUCCGGAAGACAAGACUUUAACUGAGACAGAGCAGAGCCUUUAGUCCCAAGGGAAAAUGGAAUGGAACUGAAGGGGUAGGAGCUGCCUGGACAGAAAGACCUAUUGCUUUGCAAGCUCAGUCUCCUCAGCCAACUGCACUGCUUUCUUUGUUUUACUUUGCCCCUCUCGAAGGGGACAUAGGAAAAGUAAAUUACAAUGCACACGUCCGUUUUACUCAUUCAGAAUGCAGUUGCUCUCUCUCCUAGAUGCCAACCAUGACUAGCGCAAUUGUAUCUAAAUUUCCUGAGGGGCGUUUUUGUUUUUUAAUGAAGUAGGUAAUGUUAAACACCCCUUUAAAUACAGCUAGAAAAUAAAACCAUUUUAUAAAAGCCACCCUCGAAUCCCCUGCGAGCCUCCCACAGAGCAUCUCUCCAAAUCCAGGUAUACCCACCCAUCUUUAGUCUGAUCUCUCCCGCUUCCGACGUAUGAAAAAAAAAAAAAAACCAGGAGAACGGAGGUUCCCAAUUACUCUUUUGUCUUCAGACAUUUAGUAAUAUAAAAUACCUAUUUUUAUGCUGAAAUGUUUAUACAGGUUUAUUAACAGCAAGCGCAACUAACUGGCGGCGUGCCGUGCAACCCAUUUUGAUAUAUUAGCCGUGCUUCCAGGUAAAGGCAAGCCCCCAGCUACUCACCUUUUGCAGUCUCUCUCUGGAAUCAGUAAAAAGAAAAGAAAAAAAAAAAUCACGUUUGAGAAGUGGGACUGUAAAUAUGUAAUGUAUGUUUAACUUUGUGGAGCCCAUGUACCUACCUUGUAUAGAAGAAAUAAUUUUUAAAAGUUGAGCAGAAAGGGAGUAAAAUGAAGUCACGAAGGGUUUCCCCCCCCCCAACACUUUUAUUUAAAUGAAGGAAUUUCGAAUAAUUCACCUGCGGACCUUUAGCACAAAAAUAGUCCUGGGAAAUUGUUAACAUAUUCACUCGUUCUCUGGGGAAGAGAAGACAGCUAUCAUAUCAUAUUUGCAGUUUUACGUUUGCAGUCCUAUUUAUCUGCAGUAGUAUUAAGUCACAUUGCUGGAAUAGGUUACUACCAAAAAAGAAGACAUUAUUGAGAGAAAAAAACAAAACCGAUCUAUGUAACCUAUUAGAGUAUUGCAUUUAAAUUGCACACCAAGCGCGUGUACUACGCAGACACAGGUUUUUCUGUUCAUUUAUUGUUUUUCCUUACUGCCGUGGAUUGAUUUGAUAGACAUGUUGAAUUACUACUUCGCUGUACAUAUUAUUUAAUAAACUUUAUUCGGAAUUGCGUGGCA